UCCAAGACUACCUUAAAGGAUCAUUAGUAGAUACUUUACGAAUCACUAGUACCACUAUCAAAUUUCUUGAUAACCGAGAGGAUCAAGUUUCGGUUGAUUUUGUACCUGAACUAAGGAGAGAAUCAUCUGAAGCAGACCAUAUGCUUCUGUAUGUUAAAGACCUUUAUAAAAAAGGUGAUUCAUAUAUAAUGCUUGGUCCUAUUGAAGAAGAAAAUUGGGACCAACAGAUAGAUUAUCUUUGCAUAUGUCUCCAACUUUGUCGAUUAGAUAGA